AAGAAAAAAACCAACGUCUGUCUAAAGUGUAACUGCAAGCCUCAAGUAAAUUGAUUACGGAACCUGUCAUGCUUGUACUGUAUGGAUAAACCCCCGCGUUUGCUUUAGUCACGCGCUCUUGUAUACAUAAUAGCUCGCGCUCACAGUUGUGUUGACCAUUUCGUUCACCUGGUCAACUAAGCGUGUGAGCAGCUCCUCAGAGGCUAGAAACUAUUCUUUCCUCUCCUCUGCACAAGCCUUGGCUCCAAACUAGAUGGCUGAUUGCUGGGGAUACGACAGUGAAGACGGACCAGGGAAAUGGAGCGUAAAAUUUCCAAUCGCUGCGAGCGGCAAAAGGCAAUCCCCAAUAGACAUCGUGAGCAAUGAGACAAAGUUCGACUCCACUAUUCCUCCCGUUAAAGUUCACUACGAUCCAUUCACAAAAGGGAAGUUGACGAAUACUGGACACAGUGUGUCGUUCUCGGGAGAAAGCGACGCUUAUAUCACCAGUGGCCCAUUAUCCCACAAGUACAAGUUUGCACAGUUUCAUUUCCACUGGGGAAAAGAUGAAAAAGAGGGAUCAGAGCAUCGUGUGGAUGGGAAAAUGUAUCCGUCAGAGAUGCACAUUGUUCAUUACAACUCCGACUUGUACAAGGAUGCAGCCAGCGCCAUGAGCUCUGACAACAAAGAUGGAUUGUGUGUGCUUGGUGUCUUCUUGGAGUCAAAAAGCAGCUCAAAUGAUAACAAGUCAUUGGAACCUUUAUUCAAUUUACUCUCAGGAGUCAAAAAGAGUGGCUCAAGUGUUGCUGUCCCCAAUGGAUUUGACCUUCGAAGUGUUUUGCCAAGUGUUCUAGAAUGCUGGACAUAUCCGGGCUCACUUACGACCCCUCCCCUCAGUGAAAUAGUCAACUGGAUUGUACUCAAGAAUACUAUUGAAAUAUCGAAUCACCAGCUGAAACUGUUCCAUGGCCUUCAGAAUGCAAAAGGAGAGUGCAUAACACACAACUAUCGCCCUCCCUGUCCAUUACAUGGGCGCGUUGUCAAGGCAACAUUCCCCUAGUGGGGCCACGAUGGGAUCCAAUUGAGCAGUAGUAUUUUAAUGUGUAGUUCCAGACAAUAUCCAUACCCCCCUUAUUGAGGGGGUCGAAGGUAUGACCCCCCUCCCCUCUGGAAAUUCCUGGGCGUUUGAACCCCCCCGGAAUUUCCAAUCCCCUCAAUAGGGGGGGGGGGUAUGGAUAUUUUCUGGAACUACACAAUUUGACUUGCUCCAAGUUGAGUCAGGAUAGUGAGAGUUUUCUAUUUUAAUUCUUUUAAUUCUUGAAACGACAUUAAAAAAUUGUUACUUAAUUCAGGGGUUGUGAGACAACUCCCUGCUUAAAUUUUAAAAAAAGCAAACAAAUUUUUAAAAACUUUAAAAAGUUUAUUUAGUGGGAGCAGUGGUGUGUAUUUUAGUGUAAAUUUUUACCCAUCGUAAUUAAACAGAGUUAAGUUA